CUUACAACCAAACAAAUCGAUCCUAAACCCUCAGUAUGACAGACCAGAUCCCAGCAGUCCCCAACGCCUUCCGGAAGACGUCAUGUCCGUCCUCUUGGGACACGUCGGCGCCACCGCCAGCCCUUCCGCCCUCGCCGCCUUUUUGCGCGUCUCUCGCUACUUCCACAAGAGACUCAUUCCCUUCCUUUACGCAUCACCGACGCUUACCCAACGGAAUAACUUUGGAUUCUUCUACCCGCUCUACUAUGACGACCACAAAAUCGAUGACGAUGAGAGGGAACGAUGGUGGCAAGGAGACCUAGCGGACAAGAAGUCGGCAGUCGCCAGAAGGCUGGCUAUGCUGGGACAUGUGCAGCGUGUCACCUUUCAGGAUGAUGUCACUGCAGAGAUGUGCAAUUCUGCGGUCUCUGGGUUUCUUGCGCAGGGUCUUGACAGCCCACCCAGGGAAUGGUACGGGUACACAUCCAGCAGCCAAGACGAUCCUUCUCUCGCCCGUAGCCUCCUCUUUUAUGGCCGCGCUUGCACCCUCGUCCACCUCCCCAGCAGGUUCCUAGGAGGCCUACUGUUUCUCCCAUUCAACGGGGAGGAUCGACGGGUCCAGACAUUCCAAUCGAUGCUGGGGUCAUUUGGGGUGUUGUCGAUCCAACAGCCAGGAAGUUCAGGGGGAUGCCAUAGAUUUGACGAGUCACGUUAUCUGGAACCAAUCCUUCAAAGGGUCAAGCCCCUCGUGCUCUUGAUCAGCGACUACAGCAGUAUCAACUGCGCCGGGAUAGUCUCUCCCUUCCAACGCGGUAUUGUCAUUCGCCUCUUGGGCAGUACUCGGUCAAUCGCACAGACUGAGCGAGUCGUGGUGUUCUUGUCGCGUCAUAUGAGACUCACACAGGAGCCCCUCUUCUACAUUGUGUACAACUUUCCAAUGGAUGAAGCGAGCUACGACUACAGUAACGGCAAACGGGUCAGAAACUUGAUCCUCAACUGUGCUUUUGCGGAAGCCUUCCAAUCGCCUCAAGAGAGGGUCGUGAGGCUGGAGGUCAUCAUGCAAGGCCCUGAAUCGAAUGCUGCUACAGUGGAGAGGAUGAGGGAUGAUAUUUUUGAGUUGAUGAAGAAAGGUUGAGGGACAAAUUGUAGCUUUGGGGCGACCACGGGUAUCUUGUCAGUAGACUGAAAAGGGCAGUCAGUCUAUCAACUCCCUCUACUUGAUAUAGCACUAUACUAGCUAUAUGGAAGUUUCUUAUAUGUUCUUAUAUACCUGCCUUCGCAUGAGCUACUGUUCCA